AUUCAUUUGAGAAACCUACAGACUGUAUGGUGUGUUUGUGUGUGAGCAGAGAUUCUGUAAUUGUUUUGGAAAAACUGGAAAUGCUUCAAAUGACGCAUAGGAAUGACAUGGGAUGUCUUUGUGGUGAAGGCUGAUGUGACUGCUGAUCUAUGUGAUCUUCGUAGACGGCGCAGAAACCUGGAGUGUUAAAACCAUUGGCUCUCCGGCACGCUGGUGCACAGCAGAAUGAUGGAUGAAUCAGAGCAGAUGUUGGCCUCAAGGUCAGAGGAGCAAAGGCUGAACGGACACUGCAGGAGCGCUCCUCCUCGGACCCUGCAGUCCAAGGUGGUGGAGGACUUCAGACGGAGGCUCAAGUACUUCUUCAUGAACCCCUGUGAGAAAUACAGAGCCAGAGGUCGCAAACCAUGGAAACUCAUGUUACAAAUUUUCAAAAUAGCAAUCAUCACAGCCCAGUUGGUCUCUUUUGGCCUGAGCAAUGAAAUGAUGGUCACCUUCAAAGAUGAAAAUAUGAUGACAUUCAAACAUCUGUUUCUAAAAGGAUACAAAGAUCAACGGCUGGGGAGCUAUGCACUGUACACAAAAGUAGAUGUGUAUGAUCACAUCUACUACAUUAUCAACGGGUACAUUAAUCUCCAAAACCUGACUGUAGGUAAUCUGGCAUACGAGAGUGUUGAUGGCCAGUACACUCCUCUGUCUGUCUGCCAAGAUUAUUACAGAAACAGCAGCAUCUAUCCAGAAACUGAGACCUUUGAUAUUGAUCCUCAUAUUGAUACAGAUUGUAUUUCCAUAUAUCCUGUGCAGGCGUUUGACUACAGUGGUUUGGGCGCACAUUUAAACUUCUCUAUAGAUUUUAAAAGACUGCUAUCUGUGAACAUCUACCUGGCUCUGAAAACAAUCAACCUGCAGACUGUGAGGCACCACGAGCUACCAGACUGUUAUGACUUCCAUAUAAUGAUCAAGUUUGACAACCGUGCCCACAGUGGAAAGAUAAAGGUUGAUGUUGAAAAUGAUGUAAGAAUUUCUGAAUGCAGAGACUGGAAUGUGGAAGGCACUUCUGGUAAGAAUGAUUACCUCAUCCUGUCGUUUGAUUCUGUGGUCAUCCUCGCCUGCUUCAUCUCCCUCAUCCUCUGUACCCGAUCUGUCAUCAAUGGCAUCCAACUCCAAUUUGACUUCAAGAUAAUCUUCCAAGCAUACUACAAUAAAAUUGUCUCUUGGUCAGACCGCAUGGAGUUUGUGAAUGGCUGGUAUAUCCUCAUCAUUGUUAGUGACAUUCUAACCAUCGCUGGGUCAGGGCUCAAAAUUGGAAUACAAACAAAGUUCCUGACAAACUAUGACGUGUGCAGUAUCCUGUUGGGAACAUCCACAAUGCUCGUCUGGGUCGGCGUGAUUCGUUACUUUGGUUUCUUCAAGAAAUAUAAUAUAUUAAUCUUAACCCUAAGGGGGGCGUUCCCAAAUGUGAUCCGAUUCUGCUGUUGUGCGGCCAUGAUCUACCUCGGGUACUGUUUCUGUGGCUGGAUCGUCCUUGGGCCUUACCAUGACAAAUUUCGUACACUGGCCAAGGUGACAGAGUGCCUCUUCUCCCUUAUCAAUGGGGACGACAUGUACGCCACCUUCCUGAAUUUGAGGAACGAGGGCUACAUGGUGUGGCUUUUCAGCAGAAUUUACCUGUACUCCUUUAUCUCCCUCUUCAUCUACAUGGUGCUCAGCCUGUUCAUCGCUCUCAUCACUGACACCUACGAGACAAUCAAGCAUCACCAGCAAGAAAAGGUGCCAGUGUCCCAGCUUCAGGCCUUCAUAGCAGAGUGCAGGGAUCAGCCUGAGUCUGGAAGAUAUCAGACUGAGGAAGACUCCUCAUGCUGGUGCUUUGGCACCAAGUGAGAAGAUGGUGGCUUUUACCUUUUCCAAGUGUUGAUAAAAAUAAUAAGUAUAGGGUAAAAGUCUCUCAGAGUCUCUCUGCAUGGAGAAUAUGAUUAUAGCCUGCUGAUAAAUGAUGAGAAUACAAGAAUGUUUUUUAACCAAAGUAAAAUUGCUUUGACUUGUUUUCUUACUUGAACUGCUAAACAUUCAAAAAUUCAAGUGCUUACAUGACUAGUAAGGUCACCAAACUGUAAUUUCUUUAUGAGUAUUGCUACUGUGUAUUCUUUUUGUGGAUUAUAGUAAAAUAAAUCUUGUUUCGCCAAUUAA